AUGGAUCUCAGAAUCAUGGGUCUGGAUUCUCCACUGUUCUCCACUCUUCAACAGAUGAUAGACCAGACCGAUGACACUGACAAGUCUUCCUUUAACGCUCCCACCCGUACCUACGUGCGCGACGCCAAGGCCAUGGCUGCCACUCCCGCCGAUGUCAAGGAUUAUCCAACUUCCUACGUCUUCAUCAUCGACAUGCCCGGGCUCAAGUCUGGGGACAUCAAGGUCCAGGUAGAGGACGACAAUGUGCUGGUGAUUAGCGGCGAGAGGAAACGAGAUGAGGAGAAAGAGGGGGCUAAGUACGUGAGGAUGGAGAGGAGGAUCGGGAAAUUUAUGAGGAAGUUUGUGCUGCCUGAGAAUGCCAACACAGAUGCUAUCUCCGCGGUUUGCCAGGACGGCGUGCUGACUGUGACUGUGGAGAAGCUUCCGCCUCCAGAACCCAAGAAGCCCAAGACAAUUGAGGUUAAGAUUGCAUAAGCGCGCAGUAGUCGGUGGGAUGGGUGACAAGAUUAGGCUGUGACUGUGUUGUGGAUUUGGUCGGAUCAUGGUAAUAAUCGAGUAUUUUGUGUCUUUCGUGUGUUCUGUCUUUGUUUGCAAGUGGAUUUUCUGUCAUAUGUAGGAUUUCAAGUUAUUAUGCCUACGGUUUGUUGGUAGAAAACAGUUCUUACAAAUGAUGCAUGUGCUAUUAUGAUAUAAACAGCAUUUUUAUCUUCUGGAUGUUUCAAUUU